AGGAGUAUAUGUGAACCAUUUAUAUUAUAACAAAUAAAAUUCCUACAUAUAUUUUUUGGAAGAAUUUUAAUUAAAAAAAUAUUAUAUAAAUUUUGAAAUUGUUGCAAAAAGGCUGAAAGAAAAAAAAGCUGAAUUAAAAUGGCUCAUAUUGCAGAGAAAAAGAAAACCCCAGCCAAUGAUGUCGGUCUUACGGAAACACCCAACAUUGAUGAUCACAUUAGAAAGGAAAUUCCCACCAGUUAUUUUCAGUCUAUUAUACAUCUCUUUAAGGGCAACAUUGGACCCGGGCUCUUUGCCAUGGGUUUCGCCUUCAAGCAUGGCGGUCUCGUGGUGGCACCCAUACUGACGGUGGUCAUAGCAUUGAUCAGCAUACACUGUCAGCAUAUGCUGAUCAAUUGUUCGGUUAAAAUGAAAAAUCUAAAGAAUUCCGAAAAAUAUCCGGAUUUUGCCGAAACGGUGGAGCAGUGUUUCGAGACUGGGCCGCCGAGCAUACAAGGCUGGUCGAAGGGCAUGAAGACAUUGGUGAAUGUAUUUAUAGUUGUAACGCAAUUGGGUUUCUGUUGUAUAUAUUUUGUGUUUAUAAGUACAAAUAUUAAGCAGCUUUUAAUGGCCUAUAAUAUCAAUAUUGAUGUGCAUUUGGUUAUGCUGAUAACACUCAUACCCAUCUGGCUGAGUUCCAUGAUCACCAAUCUAAAAUGGCUGACACCUGUCUCAUUUAUAGCGAAUAUUUGCAUGAUUUGUGGUCUGAGUAUAACCAUGUAUUAUGGCUUGAAAGAUGGUUUGCCCGAUGUAGCACAGCGUAAUCUUUACACCGAUCCCAUGCAGUUGGCUUUAUACUUUGGCACGGCCAUAUUUGCCUUUGAAGGUAUUGCUCUGGUGUUGCCCUUGAAAAAUGCCAUGGAAAAUCCCCAUCAUUUCGAUCGUCCUCUGGGUGUAUUGAAUGUGGGCAUGUUUUUCGUGACUUUAAUGUUUAUGAUUGCUGGUUUUGUGGGCUACAUGAAGUGGGGCGAAAAUGUGGCCGGCAGUUUAACUUUGAAUCUGGGUGAUACCAUUGGCGCACAAGUUGUUAAAAUUAUGGUAUCUAUGGGUGUGCUGUUCGGUUAUCCUUUACAAUUCCACGUUGCCAUACAAAUUAUGUUGCCCUCGGUGAUACAAAUAUUCAAGUGUUAUACUCAUCCCUUUACCGGUAACUUGACAUUCCGCACCAUUUUAGUGGCGGUGACAUUGGGUAUUGCUGAAUUGGUGCCCGCCCUUGGCUUAUUUAUCUCUCUCAUUGGUUCAUUGUGCUCCACUGCCUUGGCCUUGGUCUUCCCGCCCAUUAUUGAAAUCAUCAUUAGACGUGAUAUUGCCAGCAAACCGAUGAGAUAUUUUGUAUAUGCUAAAAAUGUCGUGAUCUUAAUAUUAGCUUUAAUGGGAUUCUCCACCGGCACCUACGAAAGUUUAUCCGAAAUUGUUAAACAUUUCGGUGAGGAGGAGAAUGUCAUCAACUUAGAUUCAUAAGAAUUAGCUAUCAUUUAAGUUAAGUAGUUUAUUAAUUAUUAAUUAAUUAUGUAUCAUUAUUAUUAGUGUAAGUUAAACGAAAUUUAAAUUGUAAAUUUAAAAUUACCUCAAAUAUUUAGUAAAUAGCUUUAAAACUAAAAAAAAAACAUAAAUACAUUAAACAAUUAUAAUUUUUUUAUUACUCGGUUCAAAACCGUUUAAUUACUUAAAUAUAAUGAAAAGAAAAAGUCAAUUAAAAUUACUUAUUAUUAUACAAUAAAUAUCACAAUAUACAUGCAUACAAAUAUACAUAAAUAUAUAUUUCAA